UCUGUUCCUUUUUUUUUUUCUCUUGUUCUCUAGUUCCAUCAUCUCUAUCACAGCAGUAUGGGUUCCAAGUGUUUAACAACGAAUUGGCUAUUAAAGUUUUUCUUUUAUGCUACGUUGGCUGUGGCCGUGUUUUUGGGAUUAGAUCAAGUCAAAGACAAAUGUUAUCUAUUUGAUCAAAACGUGUUGCAACAAGUGGCUCAAAAGAACAUUGCACUUUACAGCAACGAUACCCGUUUAAUGAUGCACAAGAUUGCUGCUGACUUGGAUCAAGCUUACCCUGGUCAUAUUCAACUUAAAGAAGAAUGGGUAUUCAAUAAUGCUGGUGGUGCUAUGGGCUCUAUGUGGAUUUUACACGGUUCUUUGACUGAAUAUGUCAUUAUCUUUGGUACUCCUGUUGGUACUGAAGGUCAUACUGGUCGUUAUUUUGCUGAUGAUUACUUUAUCAUGUUGGAAGGUGAACAAUGGGCUUAUAAUGCUGGUGAAUUGACUCGUGAAGUAUUCAAGGUGGGUGAAAUGCAUCAUUUAGCUCGUGGUCAAGCUCAACAAUAUAAGAUUCCUGAACAUGGUUUUGCUUUGGAAUAUGCUCGUGGAUGGAUUCCUUUGAUGCUUCCUUUUGGUUUAUUGGAUACACUUAUUUCUACUGUGGAUGUUGUCACUUUAUAUCAUACUCUUCGUUUGUAUGGUGUUGCUAUUGUAGGUGAAUUACUUCAAGGCAAAAUCUAGUUAGGAUUUUUUUUCUUUUUAUUAUCACAUGCGAUUGAUCCCUUUUUGUUUUUUGCACAUUUCUAUUUCUCUUGUUUACUUAAUUUUUAACUCUCUUUUUUUACAUAAUAAAUAAAUAAAAAAGCAUUAUCACUAUUAUGAAAUAUUUUUCAAUAGAGCUUAGUUCCGUAAUUCCCUUUACUUUAAUUGUAAAUGAA